UUAGCUAUUUCUGUCUCCAGCAAGCUUUACAGCCUAUUUAAUUUAUAUUUUGUUCAUUUAAGGUUUGAUAACUGUCAAUUCACCUACUGUAGGUUAGGCUACUUGAUCCAUCAGGCUAAAGCCUAAGCUAGUCUAGGCUAGCAUUACAAGAUUGUUGGGUUUGUUUGUUUUUAAAUUGUUGCAGUUUAAUUUGAUCUUUUUAAUGGCGACACCUAAUAACCUCUUUGCUAGUUUCGCCCAGUGGUCUGCACAGCUGGCCUGUGGGAGCUGUUUUCUGUUUUCCAGGGGGCAGGAGGAGACUGUCGAGAUCGGCACCCAGACGGACUGGGAAACAGCUGAGGCUUCGACCCAAGCCGGCUGGGAAACGGCUGACGCUGGGACCCAAGUACUGUGGGAAACAGCAGAGGCUUCGACCCAAGCUGGCUGGGAAACGGCUGAUGCUGGGACCCAGUCCAAAUGGGAAACGGUGGAGGCUGGCAUCCAGGCAGAGUGUCAGAGGGCUGAGGCUGGUGUCCAGGCGGUACAGGAGACGGCUGUCUCUGCAACCCAGGCUGUGUGGGAGAUCGCGGAGGUGGGAACUCAGCCGGACUGGAAAGACGGAUUCAUCCAUGUGGACCCUGUCACACCCCAGCUGGUCACUCUGGAUGGUGUGGAUGGACAGCAGCAGCCAUCUGGGUGGGAUGUCCAGACCCUGCUUCGUUACACCAUGGUGUACAGAUCGUCCACCCUGUUCUCCCGCGGUCCUGCGAUGGUCGGAGAGAGGCGGUGCUCAGGGGAGACAGUGGAGGGAUCACUGAGGACGCAGUUCUGGUUCACCGCUGAUGAGAACUUUGUGGUUGAUGCAGAGUGGCGCUGUGGUGAGCUCGUCCGUGCAGGGUCUUACCAUGAGCAAGAGUCCAAGUUGUUGGUUCUCAUGGAUGGAGUUCCGGUCAUCCAGACAUCCAGGACCUACAAGCGGGUGAACAUGUCUGCCAACGGAUCACUGGUGAGCUCAGAGAGGUCCGAAACCACCUCCGUCCCUGCCCCUGUGGUCCCUGACCCGUCUGCUGAUGGUGCUGCUGACACCUCUGGUCCCACUGACUCACCUGGUGCUGACGCCUCAGCUGCUGCUGCUGCUGACGACACUCAGAGCUCUGCCCAGGGAUCAGAGGACAGCUGCCUCCUGCCUGAGGCUCGGGAGGUGCCCUCACUCUUCAACUUCUUCCAGUCAAGGAGACUGGAGGACUUCUCGACCAAACUGACAGCCCUCAGGCAGGCCUUCACCAUCCUGCUCAGCGACGACCAGCAGUGCAACUACGCCAGCGUUGCUGUGAGGAUGAUCCUGCACAACCUGGCUACGCUGAAUGGGAGGGAUGCGGAUCUCUUUCAGCGGGCCUUUGAUGACCUGGUGGCCUACGUCCAGAACCCAGAGAAUGCCCUGAGCAUUCAGGUGGAGCUUCUGGAGGCGAGGAUCCACCACAUCAGUGUCCUUGACAUUGUGUUCGAGCUGGUGUUGUUUGGCAUGCUUGAUGUGGCUCGACCCCAGCUGGUCCCUCGGGUGCAGGGUGGGUUCCUGGACCAACUGCUUGCAGUGGUUCAUGCCUUCCUGCCCUUUGAGGCCUGUUCACCAGCUGCACAUCAAUAUUGGCAGAUGCUGCAGGCGGACGUCUGGGCCUUCCUGGAGGAGGUCUUCUCUCUGGACCUCAGUGUCUACAGCCGUCUCCAGGCCCUUGCCGACGGGCUCUUCAGCUGUCUGGAGCAGCGGGUGGACCAGCUGCUGAGCACGCUCCCAUCGCCCUAAUAUCCUUUUUAAUACUCUCGAUAAAAUUACAACAAAAUAAUAUAAUACAGUAAUAUAUUACAAAGUAGUGUCUUAACACCUACCCUCUAUGCCCCCCCUCUCCUUACAGAUGCUACCUGUUGCAGUUUAGUUGGGGCCUACUAGUACCUUCCUGAGGACGAAGUACAUCCAAGGACACCUGGAGGAUCUGAAGACUCCUGGAGACAUCUGAGGACACGACACCUGGACAUCUGAGGACACGACACCUGGACAUCUGAGGAUGUUAACUUGCCACACCAUGCCCUGGACCUGGACACACCAUGCAGAAUGUCUCAGAUGUGCACACGCACACGCGC